UCUCUCACACAAGAUACAAAAACUGACUUUGGCAUUGUGGGGGAAGCGAAUUAAAGCGCUCUUCCCCACUUUUGGUAUUCAACUGAAUGCAUUUCUAAUCUAAACCAUUGUUUUAGACAUUAGAUAUGGGGACUACCUCAGACCAGAAGGAAGGGUACAUGCAAAAUGGGUUUUCAGAAAACGCCAAGACAUCUGCCUUUAUUCCAGACAUGGAGCUUAGGGAGGAGUGGCAAGAUGAGGAAUUUCCCAGGCCCCUUCCUGAGGAUUCACACGAUCCUGGUGAGGAAGCUGAAAGCUCUGAAGCUGAUGAAAACAGACCUGCCCCACCAACCAGUCUGGCCCUGACAGGCAACAGCGUCAGAAAGAAGCGUCUAAUGGCACCUAGUCUCAGUAUAAAUUUGGACAAAACCUCAACUGACCGGAGCGUAAAAUCAGAUGAGUUUGAGGCUUCUGCCCUGUCGCCAUCUUUUGACGAUGACCCAGAAAUGGACAUCAACCUGGAGGCCUUAGAAACACCUUCAGACAGCGAGUCUUACAACUUUCCAGACAGUAUACGGGAGUUGGAGUGGGAAGACGAUCUUCCUAAAAUGGGCAAAGCUGCGAUUAGAAAGAGUAGUUUGCUAGACCAGGCAGAAAUGGGACACCUGGAGUUGGAUCAGGUGGACAGCAAUGGCCUGAGAUGGAGACGCUUCCAUAUUGGCGGGCAGGACUACCAAGUCAACAUGAGCGUACUGGAACCUUACCUUCAAGUUCUCUCCCAUGGAGGGUAUUACGGGGACGGAUCUACAGCCAUCAUCAUGUUUACCUCCUGCUACCUACCAGAAAAUACAACAGAACACUAUGAGUAUGUGAUGGACAAUCUGUUCAGGUACAUCAUUGGCACGUUGGACCUGAUGGUGUCUGAGAAUUACAUUUUGGUCUAUUUGUGUGGCAUGGCUCCUCGCAAUAAGAUGCCUGGCAUUAAGUGGCUCAGGCAGUGUUACAUGUCCAUUGACAGACGAUUAAGGAAAGACCUGAAGGGGCUUUUUGUGGUUCACCCAGCCUGGUACGUGAGAGCUUUAAUCACAGUCAUCAAACCUUUUAUCAGUGAGAAGUUUGGCAGGAAGAUGCGCUUCAUCCACAGCUUGCAGGAACUGGCUGAGUUUGUUCCUUUGGACCAGCUGCAAAUCCCAGAAUGCAUCAGAGAGUAUGAUGGGCAGCUGAACAGGUGAAGGUGUCUGAUGAAAAACAGCAAUGUGUACAUACUGUAUAGACUUCACACUGGGGUGACAUCGAUGGGGUUAAAGCUGGCUGGGGUUGAAGGUCAAGCUUUAGCGCAUUGACAGAAAACUGCUUCCUGACAGAGGACUCUUUGAUGAAAUACAAAAGGAUAGUGUCUGUUAGACAGACACGUCUGGGGCAUUACACUGAAGAAGUGGAUCACAUAAGAGGCUUUUUAAUGUCAUUAAUUUAAACUGUUACAAAACAUCUCAAACAUAUACUGUUUCCUAGACUAGAGGGGAGAAAAUCACUUUUUUAUACCUUUAAAAAAGGUGUUUUAGUAAUAUUCGGGUAUUUUGCUAAGUUGUACAUGGCCAAAUAGAAGGGAAUUUUCACAUCAAGCCAACAAACCUGAAUAACAAAAGUUGUUAUGAUAAACAUUAUUGUUUUAAUAAGGUUGUACCUUGUUUUCUUUUUUAUAUAUGUGCACUAAGUAGUUUUAUUCCGCUGUAUCAUAGUAAGAAUAAUAAUUUAUCUGAAAGCCAUAUAAAUCAUGAUUCAUAUCAUUCUUCAGACUACCAUCUGUUUCCAUUGCCUGGCCAUAUGUACAGGAGUUGUUUUACUUUAUAUUUUCUGUUAGGAUAGGUUUUGUUAAAUGUUACCCCUAGCCUCCUCUUGUUUUAAGUUUAUGCUCAAUUUAGUCUAUAUAUUUAUUGAACUCAAAUUUAAAGCCAACAGUGGUGAAUACUUGGAUAUUUUAAUGUAAAAUCAGAUAAAACAAAGUUUAUUUUAUUUCUAUAAGGUGACCUGUUACCAGUUUGUACUUCUGUAUAUUUGUUACAUAUUGACAUUAAAAUGUUUAUUGGGAUUUACUUA